UGUUUUUUUCUUUCAACCAUGCUGCAUAGGCAUCCCCACUCCUUGAGGCCGGCCAUGUUCCCAUGUAUUUUAUUCAUAAACUCAGUCAAGCCUGCCUGGAACGGGGAUUCAAAAUUUGAGUGAAAUUUAACCCAAGAUACACGGAACAUGGAGCUGUAGAAAAUUCAAAAUUUGAGUGAAAUUUAACCCAAGAUACACGGAACAUGGAGCUGUAGAAAAGUCAUCAACAAACAUUCAUUUAUUCCGUGCACUGCCCACUUUCAGUUUUGGCAGGGGAGAAGCGAAAAACAAGGAGUGUUUUUGCUUUUGUUCUUUGUGUUCUGGAUCAAUUUGAAGCCCUUGCUCAAGCUGAAUCUCAAUCUGCUGCAGCUGCAUUGAAGGUAACUGACAAGAGAGAUUAUUAGAUCAGUUUGAAGCCCUUGCUCAAGCUGAAUCUCACUGCAUUGAAGACAUCCGGCAAGAGAGACUAUUAGGUCAAUUUGAAGCCCUCGGUCAAGCUGAAUCUCAAUCUGCUGCAGCUGCAUUGAAGACAUCUGACAAGAGAGAUUAUUGUUGGUUAUACAUGGCUUCUGCAGCGCCAGCACCCAGUACAACCACCCCUUCUCCUCCGGCUGCUUCACCACCCCCUGCAACAUCAACACCCUCUACUCCUGCAACACCUCCUACAACAUCAACACCACCUCCUCCUGCAACAUCAACACCACCUCCUCCUGCAGCAUCAACGCCACCUGUAUCAUCCCCUCCUCCACCCACAGCUCAAACACCCACCCCUGCACCACCAGCAGCUACAACUCCGGCACCCACAAGUCCUGUAACUCCCACACCUUCUAAUCCUAACACCACAUUGACACCUCCUUCCUCCUCUUCUCCUCCUCCUCCUCCUUCUUCCUCCACCUCUAAAUCACCACCACCACCCUCAAGCACAACCAAGUCUCCACCGCCGCCAUCAUCUGAUGCAUCAGGAUCUAGUUCUAGUAGUAGCACCAAUGUUAGUCUCUAUGUUGGCGUUGGAGUGGGUGUUCUUGUAGCUAUUGUGCUUUGCAGUCUCAUAAUCUGCUGUUUCAGGAGGAAAAAGAGGAAGAGGACACCUUAUAUGCCCGAGCCUUACUAUGGAGCCUCAGCCUAUCCUCCUAAAGAUGACUACCAUGGAGGAAGACCUCAACACUGGCAACAUAAUGCUCCUCCACCAUCAGCAGAUCAUAUUGUCAAGAUGCCUCCUUCACCCCCUCCACCUAUUGUACCCUCUCGAUCUUCACAAUUAUCAUCUGACUUCUCCCCACGACCCCCACCUCCCCCACCUCCAAUUGGAAGUAGCAGUGGAGAAACUUCAAGCUCUCAGUUUUCAGGAUCAAAGCAGCCAUUACCACCCCCCUCUCCACCUUUAAAUUUUGGUCUCUCACGAACCAUGUUCACCUAUGAAGAAUUAGAAGCAGCUACAAAUGGUUUCUCACGGUCCAACCUAUUGGGACAGGGAGGAUUUGGAUAUGUAUACAAAGGCAUUCUUACAAGUGGGCAGACUGUAGCAGUGAAGCAGCUUAAGGUUGGUGGGAGCCAGGGAGAGCGCGAAUUUCAAGCUGAAGUUGAAAUAAUCAGUCGUGUACAUCAUAGGCAUCUUGUCUCUUUGGUGGGCUACUGCAUAGCAGGAACCCAACGUCUUCUUGUUUAUGAGUUUGUUCCUAAUGACACCCUAGAGUAUCAUCUACAUGGGAAAGGACAACCGACUAUGGAAUGGCAACAUAGGAUGAAGAUUGCAAUGGGAGCAGCCCGUGGACUUGCUUAUCUACAUGAAGAUUGUUAUCCCAAGAUUAUUCACCGUGACAUCAAAUCAUCCAAUAUUCUUCUAGAUAUGAACUUUGAAGCUAAGGUUGCAGAUUUUGGACUUGCAAAGCUUGCUUCUGAUGGCUUUACUCAUGUCUCCACAAGGGUAAUGGGAACUUUUGGGUAUUUGGCUCCUGAAUAUGCUUCAAGUGGUAAAUUGACAGACAAAUCAGAUGUUUUCUCGUUUGGUGUCAUGCUCCUUGAGUUGAUUACUGGUCGUAGGCCAGUAGAUACAACUCCAUCAUUUACUGAAGACAGUCUAGUAGAUUGGGCUCGACCCUUACUUACUCGAGCACUUGAAGAUGGCAAUGUUGAUGAACUUGUUGAUCCCCGGUUGCGGAACUAUAAUGCAAAUGAGAUGAUGCGACUGGUUGCAUGUGCAGCCUCUUGUGUUCGAUAUUCUGCAAGAAGACGCCCUCGUAUGGCACAGAUAGUUCGAGCCUUGGAAGGCGAUGUUUCUCUUGAUGAUCUAAAUGAGGGAGUGAAGCCAGGGCAUAGUACUAUGUAUGGAUCAUUAGGAAGCACAGACUAUGAUUCCAGCCAAUAUGGUGAAGACAUGAAGAAAUUCCGGAAGAUAGCCUUGAGCAGUCAGGAGUAUAGUGGUCAGUACAGUAAUCCCACUAGUGAAUAUGGACUAAAUCCCUCUGUUUCUAGUGGUGAGGACCAACAGAGCAGAGAGCAUCAGCAGAGCAAAGAGAGAGAGUUCAGCACCGGGAAAUCACGUAUGCCCAGGCCAACAAGUCAUCGCAGAAAUUAUUCUUCAGGGACUGGUGAAGAGAGUUAUACUGGAAAAGCCAAGGACACUACAGGGUAUAUUUGAUCAGGGUUUGGAGAUAAUUGAUGGUCUGAUGCUGUUCUCCAAAGAAACACUUAAUCUAUUCUUUGAUUCUCUGCACGUCAGGGGAUGCUUUAUAUGAUAACUAUUCUUUUUCUUGUCUCCUUACCAGCCUUUUCUUUUGGGUGAAGUUGUUUAUUUUCCUAACAUUCAUUUUUCAGAAUUGCGGAUCAACAGAGUCACCAAGAUUUAUUAUUUUACAAAUUUGUGGUUUCGUACAAUUCUGUCCCCAGGAAUAAGGUUUGCCACUGCCAUGAUUAUUGUAUAUAUUCAUGAAUCAGUCAUCAAUUACUUAAGAGAAUGCAGUGAUCUAGUGCUGUUCGAGC